AUGCUUCCGCAUAGCUUCCAGGUCUCUGCUAUCGACGCCUACCUCCGGAAGGCUGGCGGGUCGGAGCGCAUCUCGCGGCUCUCGGUGCUCUUCGGGGAGGGCAACGGCAUCUUGGCUGAGAAGAAUCGUUGGGCUCCGGGUGUCUUCUCUAAAGCCAUCCUGAUUGCUUUUUUAGACACGGUGGUGGCAGAGAGUUCUGUGGCGGACCGUGAGCGCGAGCUCAAGGCACAUGACGCGGACAUGGCCAAGCUGAGUGGCACUCAGCCACACGCAUGGCUUCUUGCACUCUUGUUCUUCUUCCUCGCUGAGAGUCAGGACUAUGAUCAGCGCAGGUCGAAAUUUCAGCAGCAACUGUUUCAAGAACAGGCAGCCAGGGCUCAGUCGGCUUCGGCCGCAGCCUCGAGCGACCUGCUGAACUUGCUCGGUCACCCUCGGCUGCUGCAGCACUUGCAGAGCUUUGGAGGUGUCGCGGCCGAUCUUGCGCGCCAGGGGCCGGAAGCAUUGCUGAGCAGGCUAAGGGCGGACAUGGAGGUAACAGAGUUGCUGACCAGCUUCCCAGCAGAUGCUGCCGAGGAACCUAUCAUGUGCGGCAUGAAUUUGAGCAUCGCCACCUCAGCGCAACAUCUCUACAACUCAUGGGAGCUAAAUGUGUUGGGACUCUCAUCCCACUGCGACUUCGACGAACAAAAGAUGGAAGACAUGAUGCAGCAGUCUUUUUUCGGCUGUCGUGCGUUCACUGGAGGUUUGGCGCAGCCCUCAUCCAUCACAGAGGCCCGGGACAGACUGAUCUACGUUGCAUACAACAUCAUGCGCUUGGACGAGGGCGUGUGUCGAUUGAAUGAAUGCCAGUACGGCAGUGUCAGACUGGUUCUUUCGCGGGAGUACCUUCGGAAUAUGACCUUGCUCGUUCCUGUUGACACGGGCUGGUGGAGCGCAGAUUGCAAAGACAUGUCAGGUCCGCAUACCAUAAAUUGCUCGGCAUGGCCGUUGCCGAGCGAGCCAGGCACUCUGGAGCAUUAUGACCACAGCUUGUUGGCCCAUGCAAGGCUCACUUCUUUUGAAGGGCAGGGGGCUGACACGAUGGCGCGUGUUUUGGGGAGAAUGCUGAUGCCUGAGAAGAUGCCACUGAAUACGAGCCAGGGCCGAGACAUGUAUGGCUAUCUAGAAGCCGGCGCCCUUGGCCAGUUGUACUAUCCUUCAGCUGUGCGCAUCAUUGUUGCAAGCUUCUCUCGACUUUUUGGCACGAUGCAGGAAAAGGGGUUGAUUGAGUGGGCGAAGCUACAUAGUUGGCCGCUUGCCUGGUCUCUUGGCCUGAUGGAUGAUGACGGGUCUUGUGGCUGGAACUUCAGUACCAGAGGCGGCCACCUGGUGACCUUGGCAGAGCCUCGACUCUUGGACCCCAGAACAGCGCACUUGCUGAACGCCACGGUGGGCUCUCUGAGCUCUUUGAGCAAUUUGAGGGCCGAGGCGCUGAGGCUUCGUUUGCAAGGCAGGACGCCCAAGCGCUCGCCACAAGCAUGGCGACACUUCUGGGGCCGAGCGAAGGAGGCGCUGGAGCCAGGAAGCCUCCGGCCUUUGAGAGCUGGAGAUUGCUCAGAUCCAGAGCGACUCGAAGUACCUCAGAGCAGCGAGCCCUGUGACAAAGAUGCAGACUCGCAACACCCGGCCAUGGUGUUCUGCUUGGACUGCACAGACAGUGCCGCCAUGCUUUCGCGAGCCUUAGCAAAGUCGUUGGAGGAGUCAGAUUUGACGAUCGAUGCUGGCUUAGCGCGGAUCUUCCUGAUCAGCGACAUCCUCCAUAACUCGGCUUCCAGCAGCUCGCGCGGAGCUACACGCUACCGCAGCAACCUGCAAGAGCUCCUGCCAGCUGCCUGCGAGCAGUUUGGGUGCUGGCUGCGGGGCCGUGGCAGGGAGAGGCAGUCCAUUCGGCAUUCGCGGUCUGAAGCAGCUGUCCGGCAGGUCCUAGACUGUUGGCGCCAGUGGUCAAUCUUUCCCCCACUCUACCCGUCGGGUCUCGAGUCGCUUCUGUUUGCGGAGCUCCCAGAAAAGGACAGCUCCAAGGCACCGGAGGACCCAGAUCCAGAGCUCCAGUCCAGAUUAGCACACUGGAGGGACCCGGGCAAUGCGCCCCGGGCGCCCUACGCAGCGCGGCUUCGAGGCCUCGCUUGCUCUUCGCUGCCCGUGGCGGCCUGCGUGCUGCGGCUUUGCCACUUUGAGCGGUUCUGGCACAGUGCCGACCCUGCACGCCGGCAGCGCGCCGGCAUCCGGGCACCCAAUGAUGCGGAGAAGGUUGUCAUACAAGAGGAGUGGGACGGCGAGUCCCUGAGCGAGGCACGGCAAGUCUGGUGA